AUGGGAGCAGCCCCCUCCAGCACAACUUGGAUUCAAGGCCUCUCAGCCGGGGGAACAUCACAACACAGAAAUGGACAAGAAAGGAGACAGAGUUUGACAAACGAGCUGUCUAGAUUGGGACUCUUGUAUGCAGAAAUGAACAAGAUUGAUUUUGCCACAUUGUCACAAAUUCAGGGGUUAGAAGCAAGAACAAUCACUCAAAUCAAGACAAAGCUUCGUGCCCUGAGGUGCAAUCCUUCACAAUGGGCAAAAUUUUUGACCCUUGGGCAAUUUUUAAAGGGUGGUAGAAGCAGUUUUGACUACCGAGUACAAUUCCGUGAACUGUGUGCCAUUUUAACGGGACGCGAAAAAAAACAAAUACCAGUUGUGACACUGUCCGAUGAUGACGAUGACAAAGACGAGGAUGGUGCCGAAUCAUUAGUCAGACUAAUACUAGUUAAAGCUCCAGAGACAAAUCAUGUGACGGAAGAGUACAGCAAAUCAACAUCAGAGGACCCAGAAAUUCCUUUUGCUGACCGAGAGCAAGGCUUAGAUGAUUGCGAAGACCCCCUGGAUAAAGCGCUUGAAUACGUAUCCAAGUUUCAAGGGUGGUCUAGGGUGGAUAAUAUUGGAGAAUUUUUUAAAACAUGUGCUAGAAAGUACAAUUGUGAUGCCCAGCAGCUUGGAUUAAUUUGUACUACAUACGAAGGCGACCGCCACCGACAGGUGUCCACACAAGAUCGGUUGUUUACACGGCCUCUACCCUCAGCGUCGUCAUCAUCAUCAGACGGAUGCGAGAAGCAGCCGGAUGCCCUGAAAUUCGCCAGGCUAGACCCAACCUUUCGAGACACUGACCAGAACUGGAAACGAUUAAUGGACAGUGACGGCUGGGACAUGGACGUUAUUGGGUUCAAACAUAUUGUCCAGACGACCCGUGUGUACAAGUCAAACAAUCUGGAUCCAAAUAAACAGAUACAACCGGAGCGAAAUGUUGCAAUCCACCACCCCACAACCAUUGUCCCUCUCCCGCUAAACCGCCAACAGCAGCAGCAACCGGACAAGAGUAGAAGCAACAUUCAGACUACCGUGCGUGGAGAACCAAUAGGGAGGGGUAUGACAAUCACCGCCGCCCUACAAGCCACUAUCGUGAAUCGUGAUCUUCAACAACAACAACAACAACAACGACUCGAACCACCGAGUGCUCCUAGUAUCAAUAAACCCCUGUCACCCACAACCUUGGAUGUCAUGAUGAACGGCACUCUAGAGGAGCAAGCUAAUGACAACAUGGCCAAUAAUCUUGAAUGGGACAAGUGGGUAAAUCAAGAGUUUGAGCCACGCAAACUGCCGAGCCCGAUGGACGGCAAUUACCAUCCUCACACUGUGACUGAAAAGGAGCAUAGAGACCUCAUGACCUGCUUUAGGGGGUUGACGGACAGGGAGUGGGAAAAAAUGCUUGGUAUCAUUGUGCAGUUGGAUUUAGGACCAGAGUUGUUAGAGGACUCUACAUGGGAUAAAAUUGUUUUAAAGGCUCAGAUCAUUACGUCUCGAAAGCCCAAGCAGUUGAGAACCACGUUUCUAAACGAUAUCGUCCCAAAUCUGGCCAGCAGAUUUAAUUUUCACGAGGAAUCUGUGCGGUAUUUGAAGCGAUUCGGGCGUCCCACCUUCCGGAUAGUAAACCCCUUCAUUGGCAUCAAAUUGCUCAGAUCAAUUUAUAAACUCUUGUCCCUUGCCCAAGUAAACAAACUGUUUCAGAAACAAUUUGGCAUAGUCCUGCUCAAGACGGAUAACUUGACCAACUGGGAAGACUGGGAGCGCGAGUUUUUUUACUCUAUACACCGGCACGAGUUUACGGAAAUGAUGGACCAAGAACACGUAUCUCACGCACUAACAAUUAUGGACGCAUUAAAUUAUAACCUGGCGGCCUUCAGGUUUUUGUUUUCUGAAACCAAAACCAAUGAUUUGCAACGAGCCGCACUUGCAUCAAGUUGUGUCGAGUACUUGAAACUCUUGUCAAAAAAGAGUGAGCAGUUGGUAAGAGUAAUUUAA